CACCCGUCUGCUCCCGUCAGUGAUCGUCUGGUUUUCAUAUCGAGAGGAAGUGGUGGCCAAAAGAAUUUCACACCCCCAUUCAAGGGUGAGAUAGCUCCGUGCUGCGAUUCCGAUCAUGAAGCUAAUCACAUGCGACUACAUAUCCGGAUGUUUUGCCGGUGCAUGCGGCGUUCUGGUAGGUCAUCCGUUGGAUACCAUUAAGACAUGGCAGCAGUUUUCCAACAACCGAAUCAGUACCUCAAUCUACAACAUCAUAACCGGACAUAACGGGCUUCGAGGAUUCUACAAGGGGAUGUUCUUUCCAUUUGUCACGAGUGGGGCAUUGAACUCAGUCGUUUUCGCCGUGUACGGAGAUCAACUUCGGACCUUACAGAGACGAUGCAGAUCGAAUAGAGAACGGGAGCGGCUCUUGCGGACGCAUGUAAUGUAUGCUGGAUCUGUGGCAGGAGCCACACAAGUUUUCCUCGCAUGUCCCGUCGAAGUGGUCAAAGUUCGACUUCAAACACUCCAAUACAUUGGUCACCCAUGGCUGUGCUCGCGAGAUAUCAUGCUCCGUGAGGGUAUCUGGGGUAUGUAUAGGGGCUUCACACCGAUGAUGUGCCGGGAUGUGCUUCCCUACGGUAUCUAUAUGCUGGUGUACGAGUACAUGAUGGGAAUCGAAGAGCGGCUUCAUCGGAUGAAUCGGAACCGUAAGACGUGGACAACAAUUGAAAGUUCACAUGAGGCAUCGCUAAUAGCCACGGCAGGCGCGAUGGCUGGUGUGAUCUCCUGGAUGUUUGUCGUUCCGUUCGAUGUCGUCAAAACGGUCAUGCAAUCGGAAACGGAUCCGACGGUUCACAAGAACAUGAUGCAUUGCUUUCGGCGUCUGGUGCAGCGCCACGGAUGGAAAUCUCUAUUUCGGGGAAGUAGCAUGAUUAUCGCCCGAGCAGCUCCAGUCAAUUCUGCUACCUUCCUGGGGUACGAAUGGUGCCUGAGGCAGUGUCAUAAACACUUUCAAAUUGACAGUGUCUAAAUAAAUUUAAUUAAUAGAACAUAA